GAGGAGGGGAGGCGGGCGCGUCCCCGACGGGAAGGGGACCCCGCGGGAGCGCGCGCACGCGAGCCCGCGUGUCCUCGCGCCGACCCCUCCCUCACGCGCCCGGCCCGCGGCCGCUCCGGCGCACGCGCGCGGCCUGGCCCAGGGCGGGGAGAGGCGCCCUCGGCCCGCUCCGCCCGGGGCCUGUCAGAGCCGGGGAGCCGGUCUGCCGCUGCGGGAUGGGGAGGGACGCGCGGCGCUGCCCGCCGACCCCGGCGCUCCGCGGCUGAGCUCGGAGCCUCUCUUCCUCCCGCCUCCCUCUGCCAUGGCCGGGUCGGGCGCGUGGAAGCGCCUCCGGUCGCUGCUGAGGAAGGACGACGCGCCGCUCUUCCUCAGUGACACCAGCGCCUACGGCUUCUCCGACGAGCCGGGCGAGGACGGGCUCUCGCGCUUCAACAAACUCCGCAUCGUGGUGGCGGACGACGGCGGCGCGGAAGCCCCGGGGAGGCCGGCGAACGGGGCGCGGGCGGCGCCGCAGGCCGACGACGACUCGCUGCUGGACCAGGACCUGGCGCUGCCGCCCAGCCAGCUGAGCCUCAAGGCCGACCCGUGCGACGGCUGCGGCCGGCGGCGCGAGCGGCGGAGGCAGCGCAAGGUCCGCGGCCGCCUGGCCCUCGCCGCGCUGCUCUACGCGCUGUUCAUGGUCGGGGAGCUCGUAGGUGGCUACAUAGCAAAUAGCUUAGCAAUCAUGACAGAUGCACUUCACAUGUUAACUGAUCUAAGCGCCAUCAUACUCACCUUGCUUGCUCUGUGGCUGUCUUCAAAAUCACCAACCAAAAGAUUCACCUUUGGAUUUCAUCGCUUAGAGGUUCUGUCGGCUAUGGUCAGUGUACUGUUGGUGUAUAUACUUAUGGGAUUCCUCCUGUAUGAAGCUGUCCAAAGAACUAUUCAUAUGAAAUAUGAAAUAAAUGGAGAUAUAAUGCUCAUUACUGCAGCUGUUGGAGUUGCAGUUAACAUAAUAAUGGGGUUUUUGUUGAACCAGUCUGGUCACCAUCAUGCCCAUUCCCAUUCCCUGCCUUCAAGUUCUCCUACCAUAGGUUCUGGAUGUGAACACAAGCAUGGGCAGGAUAGCCUGGCAGUGAGAGCUGCAUUUGUACAUGCCUUAGGGGAUUUGGUGCAGAGUGUUGGUGUACUAAUAGCCGCAUACAUCAUACGAUUCAAGCCAGAAUACAAGAUUGCUGAUCCCAUCUGUACAUAUGUAUUUUCAUUGCUUGUGGCUUUUACAACAUUUCGCAUCAUAUGGGACACAGUAGUUAUCAUAAUGGAAGGUGUGCCAGGACAUUUGAACAUAGAUUAUAUUAAAGAAACCUUGAUGAAAAUUGAAGAUGUGUAUUCAGUGGAAGAUUUAAACGUCUGGUCUCUGACUUCAGGGAAGCCUACAGCCAUAGUACACCUACAGCUAAUUCCUGGAAGCUCGUCUAAAUGGGAGGAAGUACAGUCCAGAGCAAAGCAUUUACUAUUGAACACAUUUGGCAUGUAUAAAUGUACGAUCCAGCUUCAGAGUUACAGGCAAGAAGUGGCCAGAGCUUGUGCAAACUGUCAGAGUCCCAGUCCCUAAUUUUACAUUUUGCAGACUGUCGUCAUUAUCCUGCAAUCAGACUUGAGAGCAAUAAAUACAAAUGUAAGAGAGCAAAUGCAACUCCCUGACAGCUGUCUCCAUAUAAGUACGCACCAGUCUCAAAACAGUCACUCCAGCCUUGACAGUGCCAGUUUCUCUUUAAUGGUAAAACAAUAAUUCACCAUGCUUUUCAAAUGAAGAUGUUUCCCAAACACUGUUUACAGAAUGAGAUGUAACUAGAUACCUCAUAGAAGACAAUCCAAAACCAUAUUUCAUUACUAUGACAGAGUACAUGUCUUAAAGGAAGCAUCAAGAAUUCAGUACUCGCAUUUAAAAGUAGUUUUUGAAGACCAUUUUGUAUUAAACCAGUGCUGGAAAAUGA